UGUACGUCAGAGUCCCGGAGAAAGGCAGAUAGGUAGUUAAGUUGCAGGAGUAUUGGCGAUGAAGAAGAAGAUGGGCGCGAUCAGUCUGAUGGUGAUGGUGGCGCUGAUCCUUGCCGCGGCGGAGCUGCCCCACAUGGCUGAGGCGGUGACUAGCAGUCCGGCAGCUCGGAGUCCCUGCAUCGGAGCAAUAACGUCUUCCUCUCCGCCGUCGAGCCAGUGCUGCCAGAAGCUGAAGGAGCAGAAGCGAUGUCUGUGUGGGUACCUCAAGAACCCUAGUCUGAGGCAGUAUGUUAACUCUUCUGGGGCCAAGAAGGUUUCUUCCUCCUAA